AUGGGUCAUGGUCGUGGUCGUCGGUCGAGUUUGAUGGGAAAAGAUGGCUUGGACUUAGAGGCGACGUUAAGUAUGGUGAGACCGAAGAUGAAUCAGAAACUUGGACGAGGGAAGCAACCCACAGGUACUCCAUCAUUAGCGUGGUCAUGUGCUGUCGUCAUUGUUUCGAUUCUCGCCGGUGCCUCCGUCGUCCACAACAUCUACAAGCCUAACUUGACUUUACCACCAGUAGAAGGUGCUGAUGGGACCAAGGUCAAGCCACCUGAUAAGAAAUAAGUUUUUUUUUUUUUUUUUGUUGCAUUCAGUAUGAAAUUUGUUUUUGGUAUUGAGGACAGAGAUAACAAUGCAUUUCACUGUUAUCUCCAUCCUAAGUAAUGAAUCUCAAAUGCCAUCAAAAUGUUUUCAUGUGAAACUUUUUUUUUGGGUUAUGUUUUCAGUGAUGUCUUAUUUCAUUGCUUCACCUUUGG